GAGAGAGAGAGAGAGAGAGAGAGAGAGAGAGAGAGAGAGAGAGCUCAGAGAUGGCGAAUCAUAGCAACGGAAAUUCCAACCACACUGAAUCUUCCUUCAAGAUUCCGCCGAUAAAAUUCACGAAGCUCUUCAUCAAUGGAGACUUCGUCGAUUCUGUUUCAGGGAAAACGUUGGACACGAUUGAUCCGAGAACAGGAGAGGUGAUAACAAAAGUUUCCCUCGGCGAUGCAGAGGAUAUUGAUUUGGCUGUUAAGGCGGCGCGUCAAGCCUUCGACCACGGCCCUUGGCCUCGCAUGUCCGGCUCGGAGCGAGGAUUGAUCAUGCUGAAGUUCGCAGACUUGAUCGAAAAAAAUGCAGACGAAUUAGCUGCAUUAGAUGCUGUUAAUGGAGGCAAGGUAUUUGCUCUUUGCAAGGUGAUCGACGUCGCUGAAGCUUCAAAGGCAUUGCGUUAUUAUGCCGGUGCAGCCGAUAAAAUUCACGGAACAGUAUUAAAAUUGUCCAAGGGACUUCAUGGCUACACUCUCAGGGAACCUAUUGGCGUUGUAGGGAGCAUAAUCCCUUGGAAUUUCCCUACUGUCAUGUUCUUCAUGAAGACUGCUCCAGCAUUAGCAGCCGGCUGCACCAUCGUCCUCAAGCCUGCCGAGCAGACUCCUCUUUCGGCCCUUUAUUACGCUCACCUCGCCAAGCUGGCUGGUGUCCCUGAUGGAGUGCUCAAUGUUGUGAAUGGACAUGGACAUACUACUGGAGCUGCCAUUAGCUCUCAUAUGGAUAUUGAUAAAGUGACUUUUACUGGGUCUACGGAAGUCGGACGGAAGAUAAUGACGGCAGCUGCCGCAAGUAAUCUGAAGCCGGUGUCACUUGAAUUGGGAGGCAAAUCACCUUUGUUGAUAUUCGAUGAUGCUGAUAUUGACCAGGCUGCAGAAAUUGCUUUCAGAGCCUUGUUUUUCAACAAAGGAGAAAUUUGUGUGGCAAGUUCCCGUGUUUUUGUUCAAGAAGGUAUUUAUGAAAAAAUUGAAAAGAAACUGAUAGAGAAGGCAAAAGCAACGGUUGUUGGCGACCCUUUUGACCCUAAAGUUCAUCAAGGACCCCAAACUGAUAAGAAGCAAUUCGAGAAGAUUUUAUCUUACAUUGAGCUUGGAAAGAGAGAAGGAGCUACGUUGUUAACCGGGGGCAACCGUGUCGGCCAGAAGGGAUACUACAUCGAACCGACGAUAUUUGCCAAUGUUAAGGACGACAUGACCAUAGCAAGAGAAGAAAUCUUUGGACCAGUGAUGUCGUUGAUGAAGUUCAGAACAAUGGAAGAAGUAAUCAAGAGAGCAAACGACACAACUUAUGGCUUGGCAGCUGGGAUUAUAACGAAGAACCUGAACGUCGCCAAUACCGUGUCGAGGUCGAUCCGUGCCGGUGUCAUCUGGAUCAAUUGUUACACUGCAUUUGAUGUAGAUUGCCCUUAUGGUGGAUACAAGAUGAGUGGAUUCGGAAGGGAUUAUGGUUUGGAUGCUCUUAAUCAGUAUCUUCAAACAAAAUCUGUUGUAACUCCCGUUGUCGAUUCUCCCUGGUACUAGAUCCUCGUAAUACCCCUGAUGGGAUUUUACUAGUAUAAAUAAUGCUUAUUUUGUUAUAAUAAUUUAGGAAAUCAGCCAACAAUAAUUGUUUGGAUUAGUGAAACCUAGCUGCUCUCAUGGUACAAUCUUAAUUUCUUUUCUUCAA